UACUUCAAUCCUGAAUUGUCUAUAAAAGAAAUUCCAGAAUGUCUUGAUAAGAGGGUUAAUGAUGAUGAUUGGCACUCUAUGUACAACUAUUGGAUGUCUUCUGAAUUUCAGGCUGUGAAACUAGGACGUCCUCCACGAAGAGAUGAAAACUUUAUCCAAACCCAUACAAGAAAAAAUGGUGUUCCUACAGAACAUGCAAAACCAAUAAUUGACCAACUUAAUGAUGUUCUUGGAGUAUAUCCAGAGUUAAAGGACCGGUCAAUUCAAGAGGGUGAUGCAUUCUCUGUUGUUUGUGGAGCGAAAGAGCCAAAAGGAUAUGUUCGUGUUUUGGGUUUAGGCCCUACUCCUCAAGAUAUUGGCACUCCAGAGUUGAAGUCUUAUACUGCAACAAGACUACAAAUAGAGAUUCUUGCUCGUACAAAGGUUCAAAGUGAGAAGGCUGCUUUAGAAGAGCGUGUACUUGAGCUACAGACUCAAAUUGAGCAAAGGGCUCAACCAGACCGGGCAAGUGAAGAGCCCAUGUCACAUCGCGGCUCUACUUCAUUUGAACAUAAGGUAUUCAAUAUUUUCAUUCAUGCUGCUUUAUCCUAAUUUUCUAGAUUCCUUGUACUAUGCUAUGAAAUUGUGUUUCUUAAGGUGCUGAGGAACAAGUUUGCUGCUGAGGAUGAGGAAGACAAUGAAGAAUAUUGUGCUUCUGAAGAUGAGGAAUUAGAUGAUGAGGAUGAUCAAAUAUUUCAUCAGAUGCAA